AUGCCACCUUAUUUGGAGGUACUAGAUAUAUACUCUUCAGAUAAUAAUGGAUGUAAAGCUAGAACUAAAGAGGCUGUUUUAUUGAAUAAUUCAAUGUAUUGGGUUGUACACCAUAAAUCCGAUCAUUGUUAUAAAGUUAAUAACAAUAAUAAUGAUCAUUAUAUCCUCAAAUUCGACAUGGUUGAUGAAGUGUUUGAGAGGAUCGCCGAAUCGAGGAGUGAAAUAGAAAAAAGGUAUUUGAAGCAAACACAUAUUGGGGCAACACAAGAAAAUAAACUGUAUGUUUGUCAGCUAUAUGAUGAAGCUUCUAAUAACCGUCACCAAUAUGUUGUUGAAAUGUGGGUGUUGGAUGAUGAUAAGCGCGAUUCAUGGAAUAUCAAGUAUAGAAUUGAACAAGGAAAACUAUGGAACUAUGACAUGCUAAAAGUUACCGGUGAUGGUAAAGUUAUAAUCUUUGAAAAUAGAUGCAGAGGUAAGGGAAUAAUGGGAAAUUUGCUUAUAUUUGAUGGACCUAUUGGUAAAGGUAAGUACAUUCAUAUUGAUUGUAGAUACUCUAAACCAUAUGGUAUUAAUGGUAAUAGAGCCGUCUCUGAUAAUCGUGUGGUCAAUUAUAUUCCGAGUCUUAUUUCUCCUAAUUCUAUAUGA